AUGGAUCAACCAUUGGUUCUCUUUUAUAAUGGCAAAUUUCAUAUAGUCGAUAAGGUUAAGAAAUUGGAUCGUUUGAAUCCCCUGCUCAGAAGUAGUUUAGAAAUAAACAAAUUUCUUUCCGGUGAAGAUGUUUUCAACGGGUUUCCAUUCAAUUCCGUAACUACAGCGGCUACAAUCUCAAUUACAUUUCUAAAUGAUGCUUUGAAAGUCUUGGCAAGAGAUGUGAAACAAAUAUCUGUAUCGGUCCUUAACACUUUGGGAAAAAUUUUUGGAAUGGUUUGUCGAAAAUUUGAUCUACAAGACGGGACUCCCGCGAUUUUGUUUCGGUCAAAGCAAGCGAUAUCAAAUCUAAGUUGGAUUUUUCGACUUGUUGAAACCUUCAAUUUAUUGUUAAAAUACAAAUUGAGCUUUGACUUGAAGAAUUCGAGUUCCGUAUGUUGGCCAAUCGCACUAUCACUUUUAGCUUUUACCUGCACUUUUUACCUUUUGGAAAAAGCUUAUAAACAAGACGAACUAAAUUGUUUGACUGACGUUCAAAAGUAUCAAUUCACGGAAAAGUUUGACCGUAUACAUACAAUUUUGAAUAAAAUUCUCCUAAAUUUAAACAACAAUCAAAUAGACCACUUCCAAGUUAAUGCUGAAUAUUUACAACAUUACCUUGAAAAUGAUUUUGAACCAUUUGUGGAAGAAGUAAACGUUCAUUUGGAAGUUCAAUUGCAAGUACUGAACGAAGAGAAAGAAGAUCAGGUUAUUAAGACUGUAGCCGCUUCAGUUGUCUCCGUCAUCUCGUUUAUAGUGGCAGUCAAAGCAGACACCGCUUUUAAAAGAGCUGUUGGUGCUGCUGUUGGUGGGGCAACUGCCGGAUAUGCGUUAAAUAAUAUUUGUAGAGGAAGGAAACUUGGUGAAAUCAUUGAAGAGCAUAAACAAAUUAAAGAUAUCGUCAAAGGAUCAAAACUAUUUUCGAAGAGAAUGCGUGAAGAUACCGACAUUGAAUUUGACGAGUCAGAUCUGUUAAUCUUGGUUCACCAGUUUGAGAUCUUUCGUGAUAUAGUCAUGGAUUUUCGAACUGCUCUCAAUUUUGACUUACGCCCAACGUUCAACGUUCUUGAUGAAGAG